UUCCCAAAAUAAACGAUCGAUUGCGUCACAAACACACGAACUAUUACGAUGUUCUAACUGAGUUCAAGGAUCUACUGUACAAUCUCAGAUACAGAAUGAAGAAGCACUUUGAUUUUCUUGACAGCUAUUAUGUCCAUUUGGGUUCCAGAUCAAAGACCAGAAAGAGGAACGAACCAGGCAGGAGCUCUUCAAGUGUUUCCAUACGUAUGUCAACCUCUUCUGCAAAACAGAUUCCGCAGAGUUGCGGAAAAAUCCAAACAUGAGUGUCAUGCUUGAAGUUCACAAAACAAGACAGUUUUUGGAGAAGAAAAAAGCUGAUUCUUACUCUGGAAUCCUAGGCUGCCUCUCUGAUAAUAUUGCUGUUGACAUGGAGACGAUAGUCAGAAAGUGUGCCUUCAUCUUAAAAAAGGGUUCUGAAAUAAGUGUCAAAGAGAGGGUCAACUUUUUUUAUGCUAAUGUUGCGCUUAGCUGUGUCAAACCCCAGUCUCAGGACCUUCAACCUUAUAACUGUCUGCUUGAUGUCCUUUGUCAAGUUCUUCAGGGACAGAUUCCAUCAAAUGACAUAUUGCCGUUGCACUUCAUUGCAGUUGCACUUUUAUGGCCCCUGAAUAUUCCAAUGGCACAACCCGCAGCAUCAGAAAAGUUGAAAUCGUACAUAUCCCAGAUGAGAACAUCGUACCAUAACGAAAUGAAAUCAGUGUACAAUGGCAAGAGGCCUGUCGUACAUUUCUUUUUGGGUGAGAAGCCGGGGUAUAACCGUUUAAUACACCGACGUGAAAUUGAAAAAUGUGCUAGGAAGGGACAGGACAACUUUGCUUCCCUUUGGGAAAAUGGCAAGAUAUGGGAACAGGAGAAUGUCAAGCAGCUUCUUUGUAGAGUAACAGGAGAGGUGCAGAGGAACGUCAUCCUGGCAGAUGUCAGGAACACAGACAUGAAAAUUGAAGUAACUCCCAUGUUCAAAAGCCAGAUUAGUGGGCAGAAAGAGGGGAAACAAGUGUCCUUUUAUAUUGGUUUCUCCAUGAAAGGUCCACUAGCUUUUGACAUCCAGUGAUGUCAGGGACAAAUACUGCGAGUGACUAAAGGAUCAUUCAGGGGAAAAAAAUGGUAAGUUCAGACCAGAAGUUCUUAGAAAAAGUCUUAAGCAAGUUUAUCUAAGAAGAAAAUGUUUUUUAUUUGUAUGUUUUUACAUUUUAAUCCCUGAGGUGAAGCCUUAAAAAUGUCUUAAUGUGUUAUUAAUGUUCACUGUGUUUCUUCAACCAUCACCACUAAUCAAUCAAUGGGCUAAUAGCCUGCUGUUGUUAUGUCUUUAUUUACUGAGGUUAUGAUUGUAUUUCUGCAAGAAGACAUUGAUCCAUCAUAAUGUGUGUACUGAUAUUUCUGAACUUACUAUCUGUCCUAUGAGAACAGUCAUUGCAUUUGUAUUAUUCAGUUGAACACCGCAGUUUCCUUUUUCUGAAACAGAUAUUUGCACUGUUACAAAGACAAGCAUUUGAUGCUGUACCAUGUGAUGAAAACAGCAAUGUCAUUUAUUAUGUCAAUAUUUGUUACAAGACAACAAAGCACUUGGAGUUGAUCCAGAUGGAUUAACACUGAUUUAUAUUAAGAUGAUGUGUAUUAAAGACUUCUUAAAGAAUCGUA